CAUAAAUGGUAGAGUCCAACAAAAGUUGGCCCCCAAAAUAAGAUGGACGCUAUAAAACUAGGCUACUUCGUUAGUUGGAAAGCGAGUUUUCAAGAACAAUUACGCACUUAGCCAUGGAGAAAACCGAAGUGAUGAAACCAAAAAGUCUUGAUGACCUGAUCAAAUUGCUGCAUAAACUCUUUGAAAGUGACAAAAUCAAUGUGGAGGAGGUGCAACAAAUAAUGGAAGCAUAUGACAGCAAUCUACAGGAGUGGAAGAAAUUUGCAAUGUUUGACCCGACCAGGUACACAAGGAACCUGGUGGAUGAAGGGAACGGAAAGUUCAACCUCAUUUUACUCUGUUGGGGAGAGGGUCAGGGCAGCAGUAUCCAUGACCACACAGACUCCCACUGUUUCAUGAAGAUGCUGCAAGGUGAACUGAAGGAGACGUUGUUUGAAUGGCCCAAUAACAAAACACAGGAUGUUGGUGACAUGGUUCAGAAAUCUCAGAAAAUUCUGAAAGAAAACCAGUGUGCCUACAUCAAUGAUUCCGUUGGGUUGCACAGAGUAGAGAACGACAGUCACACCGAAGGUUCGGUCAGUUUGCACCUGUACAGUCCCCCCUUCGAUACCUGUCAGACUUUUGACGAGCGCACAGGACACAAAAACACUGUCAAGAUGACGUUCUGGAGCAAAUUUGGAGAGAGGACUCAAUCUGAAACAACAGUCUCACAAGAAAACAACUGAGGCGCAGAAGAAAACAAGUGCGCUUGGAAUGAUAGUGUUGUCAAAUAGAGUCAUAAUGAAGCUGCAAAUAAUUCAAAUUCAUACCUAGAUAUAUAUAGGGGAUCUUAAUUUGAGCCAGUUUGCUACAGAAUGAAAAUUAUUCUGCAGCAACAGGAAAUGUGACCUGUGUAACCACACUUUUGUGCUGUUAUGGCACAUGGUUGAAGUGUAUUAUGUAUGAGUGGAAAUAGAUUAUUACAUCAAGGAAUGUCAUCAACAGUUUUACACUUAUUGAUUUUAACAAAAAAUUGUCUUCACUAUUUUGACAAGUGUUAUGUACCAUUAAAUUAUUUGUGCAGUUAAAUUAGUGGCAAUUUACAUUCGGAAAACGGAAAGCUUUAUACAUGCAUUAUUUGAAAAUGUGAUUCCUGUCAUUGAUAUUUCCAGAGUGUUCUGCUUUUUGGGAUGAGAAGGGGUGUUAAUUGGCAUUAUCUAUUUCAGUGUCACUCUUGAAUGUGUUUCAUUGUUUUAACCUCAGUACAAGGAGACUUGUCAAGGAUUUUCUGGACUUGUGGGUCGCGGUUGGAUUAUAAUAAAAAGAAUGUUCAGUAGAACAAGGCACUCACUUUUUCUCAGGAUUUUGCACACCUUAAGAUUCUCAAUUAUUGGCACACCUUAAGAUUCUCCAAAAUAAAAUCAAACAAAAGUAUAUCUGCAUCUUAACAUUCUACAUUUUUAAGUUAAACUCAGUUUAAGGUGUUCUGCCCUUUCGGUAUUAUGCCCUUCAUUGGAGUAUAACAAGUAGGUAAUAUUCCUCUGUCAUCCUUCACCAUGGGAAAAGGCAAAGAAUUCACAAACGAAAAGAUACAAAUGGUUGCUGUGUCACGACUUCCACCGAAGGUGGCUCCCCUUCCUGUUCGGGCGGCGCUCGGCGUCACCGGUCUACUAGCUGCCACUGAUUUCCUUUUCUGUUGGUUAUGUCUUAUUGGUUUCAUCUGUUUCUCAUUUGGGGUUUGGUUUAGGGCUAUUUAAGCCUGUUAUGCCCGCCUGCUUUUGGUCGGGCUUGUUUCUCUGUUCUGUUUUGUGGAUGGUAUUGUUUGUAUUUUUCCGGACUGUUUGUAACGGUUGCCUUCCCUCUAUUCACGAGCAGAGAGGGUGGAACAGGGAUCGGACCAAAAUGCAGCGUAGCCAGUGCUUAACAUGUUUAAUUACAAUAAACCUGAACACUUAACAAAAUAACAAACCGAGACAGUCCUAUCUGGUGCAGAACACAAACACAUAGACACGAAACAAUCACCCACAAAAUCCCAACACAAAACAAGCCACCUAUAUAUGAUUCUCAAUCAGGGACAACGAUUGACAGCUGCCUCUAAUUGAGAACCAUAUUAGGCUGGACACAGAAACAGAUAAACUAGACACACAACAUAGAAUUCCCACCCAGCUCACGUCCUGACCAACACUAAACAAGUAAAACACAUAAGAACUCUGGUCAGGACAUUACACUGUUUGUGUUCUGUUUUGGGCCGGUCAUUUAUUCACCUGUUGUUUUGGCAUGACCUUUUCUCACCGGAAUAAAUACGUUUUUCCUUAAA